GGUCAAACUCCCGAAAGGUCACAUGCUUUAUGUAUCGAAUUGUCGGUCUGUGGGAUGCCAUACUGUAGGAUUUGGAGAAUGUAGUCACGUACAUUUCGUCAGAUUUGGAAGUGGAGGUUGGUGCACAAUCAACAUGGCGUCGGAACCAGUCUGUGUCGAGGAUUUCGAGUCGUUCCUUAAGGCAAGUGUGGCGGACUUUUUCUGGGAAUUCUACAGAUGCGGGGCAGACGGUGAGCAGACGCUGCGAGACAAUCCACUUGCCUUUCAGAGGUAUCGUCUUCGACCGCGAUGUUUGAGGGACGUGUCUCAACGAGACACCAGCACCUCUAUACUCGGUCACCGCUUGUCAUUUCCCGUUGGUGUGUCUCCCACGUGCUGUCAUGUCUUUGCGCAUCGUGAUGCAGAAGUUGCAACUGCAAAGGGUGUAUCCAGCGUUGGGUCUGCCAUGAUUCUCAGUAUGUGGUCCAACAGGAGUCUGGAAGACGUGGCUGCAUCAGUGCACCCCGACACGCCACUGCUGCUUCAGCUUAACAUGCUGCGCGACAGAAGCAGAGUGGAGGCGGUGAUCAAACGGGCCGAGAAAGCAGGCUUCAAAGCACUAGUGAUAACGUCUGAUCAACCGAUGAUGGGGAACAGGAUUGCCUACUCAAGCAAGAAGGUGGACCUGGAUCCGGAUAUGACAUUUCCACAAGUUCUACUGCCUGGCGAACGUUACACUCAUAAGAUGUCAGACGAAAUCAUUAAAGAUGCGCCUAUGACUUGGCAUGACAUAUUGUGGUUGAGGAGAAUUACGUCACUUCCGGUCGUGCUGAAAGGAAUUCUUACAGCUGCAGAUGCAAGAGAAGCAGUGAGGCACGGUGCCGCUGGUAUCCUGGUGUCCAACCACGGUGGUCGGCAGCUGGACGGGGUACCAGCUACCAUCGACGUUUUGGCCGAUAUAGUCAACGCCGUCCAAGGCUCCAAUGUUGAGGUGUAUCUUGACGGAGGAGUACGCAAAGGCACCGAUGUCCUCAAGGCCCUUGCUCUGGGAGCACGAGCCGUCUUCGUCGGCCGACCGGCAAUCUGGGGGCUCGCUUACGACGGGGAGAAAGGAGUUGAAAAAGUUCUUGGGAUUCUGAAAGAUGAAUUCACUCUGGCGAUGGCCCUAAGUGGUUGUUCGUCAGUGGCGGAUAUCACAUCAGACUUGAUCGCAAAACCGCCAUUCAGCAGGAUGUAGAAUCACAGAGACAACAACUAUAUGCCACGUAGUAUUAGCAAAGAGCAAUAGCCUUUUGAAAUUUCGUGAAGGGGUAGUUUGGAAGAGAGAACUUCAUUUUCUACCAAUUUUGUAUUGAAAGAGACGUUCAUUUUAACUGUGAAUUAAAUGACCAGGAUCUAUAUUUCAGUUAUAUAAAACAAAUAUUGAGUGGCUUUAAAUCGUAAAAUGGGGGGGGGGGGGAAAUAUUAUCGUUCGGUAAAAUCUGGACUUUUUCAUUUCCAGACUAGGAUGCAUUGUCUUGCCCCUUGUCUGGACUUUUUCAUUCUUGAAUGAGUGUGCGUUAAUCACUACAUCAAAACUUCCCUAUUCGUUUCAAUUUCUCUAAGUCAAACAAAAAAAGGGGUAAAAAAAAUCAAAUACUAAAAAUAAUGUUGAAGAGUUUGCUUUUAAUAUUGCAUUAAAAAAAAAUGAUAUUUCAAAAUGACUAAAUUGUCUACAGUGUCAUGUCUGUGUUUGGAAAAGGGUAUACAGUGAAUACAUGCACUGGAAAUUUUCUGAUGUUGUUAAUUAGAAACGUUGGUCCAUGCAUGGUAAUUUGUCCGUGGUCAAACAUGAUGUAAAUUGUUUA